AUGAUAAAGGAGCAUUUGCUAUCGGCAACGAAGGAGGAUGGAAGCGUGGACGAUGAUUUCAUACUCGAGAACUCCUUGUCCCAAGGUGACGGGCACAUCGAAGAGGACCCAAACGUGGACUACGAGAUGCUGCUCAAAGGAUUACGAGCCUGUGCCGAACGUGCCUCGAAGCCGCGCACGACAAGUUUGGAUCGAACUUCGAAGACCAGCAAGGAAUUGUUGGAAAGAAGAAGGGAUUUGAGGCUUGUUCUGAAUGCAUCGCACACUGAGCGGCAGAAGAAGAUCCUAGAAGCAGCACAAAGGAGAGCAAGUCUAAAGAAGUGCCGCAGGGAUCUCCACGGCUAUAAUAUUUCGACGGGACUCCUACAAAUCGGAUUCUCCCGUCAUAACUACGAGUUACUGGUACCUGAUUUUAUAUCAGCAGACUUUCUUCGGGCUGGUGAUCAUUCACUUCAUGUAAUCUUAGCGGCGCACAUGACGUCUUACCUUGGGAAGAAAGGAUACCAGACCAGUGAAAGAGAUCGCGAACGGUUCUUAUAUAUUGGAAAGAUACCGGGAAGACGUUUGGAACUACCGUCCGAUAUGCUUGGAGGCUGGAUGAAGUUCGCCCUCAAAAACAAGCUGGAUUCCGUUAAGAGUUUGGCUGCUUGGACCACAUCCAGACUGUUUCGAGAUUCAUAG